AUGACCAAGGUAAAGAAGGAAAAGGGCAUCAAGGAGGAGGAGGCUGGAGCGACGGAGACUGUAGUGACAGAGAAAUCCUAUCAAGAGUUGAUCGCAAACAUCAACCCAAUUGCUAAUCCGCUGGCCACUAAGAAGCUAAGCAAGAAGCUCUACAAAUGUGUCAAAAAAGGUAAAUAACUAUACAUAUUAUAUUUUCAUAUUGACAAACAAAUGCUAACAAUAUGGUUGACAUUAGAUUUCCAAAUAGUAACCAGCAAGGUAACGUUAGCUUGGUGAACAGUUAGUUAGCACAUGUCCUAGCUAGCCACUAAGUAGCUAACGUUUAGUAGUUGGCAAGUGAGCCGAGUGGUGCUAGCUACUUCAGCUAACUUUCCGUUUGUUUUUUACGUGCAACUCCAAUGUCCUUUUCAGCAUCUAAGCUCAAACAAAUUCGCCGUGGAGUGAAAGAAGUUCAGAAGUUCAUCAACAAAGGAGAAACUGGGUAAGUUGGUUGGUUAGCUAGCUAAUUCAUUUAGCCUGUACUGUUUCUGUAGUUAACUAGAUAUCUAACGUUAUUCUGCCGGUAGUUACUAUCGUAUCAGAUCAAAUGCGUGAUUCUCUAGCUAGAUACAAUUGUUAUUUUAUUUGCAGGAUUGUGGUGUUGGCUGGAGAUACUCUUCCAAUCGAUGUUUACUGCCAUCUACCCGUCAUGUGUGAGGACAGAAGUCUGCCAUAUGCCUAUAUUCCCUCAAAAGUGGUGAGUAUUGCAAACCAAAAGGCCUACCUAGGAAUGGCGAAGGUACAUUACAAAAUCGUGUUUCACGUCAUUGUCCACGGAGUUUUGAAACUACAGUGCGCUACAUGGUUCAAUACAUCUAUCAGCACAAUCAAGUUUUUCAAAUCGCCACCGUCUUGGAGCUGAAAUUGAUCAUGUAUACUGUGCUAAUGAUGAUACAAAAAGAAGAAUGGAGAGGAAUGGACAAUAUGGCGAACCUUUGCCUUACUUUUCUAAUGAGUUUUGAGAAGGAUGUGAUGAGUACCUUUUUAAAGUAACCCUGCCAUGUCUCAGUUGGUAGAGCAUGGCGUUUGCAAUGCCAGGGUCGUGGGUUCGCUUCCCACGGGGGGGGCCAGUAUAAUCAUGGUUACUACAUGAUUCCAUAUGUGUUAUUUGGGGCGGCGCACAAUUGGCCCAGCAUCGUCCAGGGUAGGGGAGGGAAUGGCCGGCAGGGAUGUAGCUCAGUUGGUAGAGCAUGGCGUUUGCAACGCCAGAGUUGUGGGUUCAAUUCCCACGGGGGGUAUGAAAAAUAAAAUAAAAAAUAAUGUAUGCACUCACUAACUGUAAGUCGCUCUGGAUAAGAGCGUCUGCUAAAUGACUAAAAUGUAAAUGUAAUGUGUCUUUGUCUCCUCAGGACCUUGGUUCGUCUGCAGGCUCAAAGCGGCCCACCUGCGUCAUCAUGAUCAAAUCUCAUGAGGACUAUAAGGAGGCCUAUGAUGAGUGUUUCGAGGAGGUCUCUGCCCUGCCCAAACCCCUCUGA